AUGUCUAUACUUCGAACGAUUUGUGUGUACUUCCGCCUCUUUUGGGAUAGCGUUCUGGACUUCGUGUUUUCGCUGUAUUGGGAAUGUAAGAAGCAAAAGAUACCAGAUUUAGAUAGAAACCAUGCCUUCCUCGCCCAAAGUGCAGUGAGUUUGGCCAGGAAAAUUAAAAAUAAGGAGUUGAAGUCUGAAGAUUUAGUUAGAGCUGUUAUAGAGAGAAUAAAACAGGUAAAUCCUAUAUUAAACGCAGUUGUCGCUGAGCGCUAUGAAGCAGCUUUGGAAGAAGCCAGAGAGGUAGAUCGGCGGAUUGAUGCUGGUCUAUCGGAAGAAAUGGCAAAUAAACCUUUCUUGGGUGUGCCAUUUACGACAAAAGAAAGUCAAGCCAUGAAAGGCAUGCCUUUGACUCUCGGUCUGUGGUGUAGACGGAACGAAAAAGGGUCGGAGGACAGCGAAGGGAUAGUCAGGAUGAAGAAUGCUGGAGCCAUUCCAAUAGCAGCGACGAACUUACCGGAACUUCUGAUAUGGCAAGAAACGCGCAACCCCGUGUACGGCAUGACGAAGAAUCCUCAGCACACUGGUCGUACUCCUGGAGGCUCCAGCGGGGCUGAAGCGGCCCUCACUGCCUCCUAUGCGACUCCUAUUAGCCUGUGUUCGGACAUCGGUGGCUCUACUCGCAUGCCGGCCUUCUAUUGCGGAAUGUUUGGACACCACCCGACAGCAAACACCACAAAUAUGAGAGGCGUCCUCUUUCGCGACGGAAACGAAGACUCAAUGUUUUGUCUCGGCUUCAUUUCCAAACACGUGGAGGACUUAGCUCCGCUCACCAAGAUCUUAGCUGGAGAAAAAUCUGAUAAGCUGCAGUUAGAUAGACAAGUUGAUAUUAGGACUGUGAAGUUCUAUUACAUGGAGACGAGUCAUGACUGCCUCGUCAGUCCUUUGCGCUCAGAAAUGACGCAAGCAAUGAGCAGCGUCGUCCAAAACAUAAAAGAAACCCUCAAAGUGGAAGUCCAUCCUUAUUAUCACAAAGGUUUUGAUAACAUGUACCGAUUAUGGUGUUACUGGAUGAGCAAGGAACCAGGAAACUACUUUAAACUCGCCACUAACAGUGAUGUGGAACUCAACGCUUGGAAAGAAUUGGGUAAAAAGAUGAUUGGCUUGAGCAAACAUUGUCUCUUCCUGAUUCUAAGAUGUUUGGAGUUGAGGAUGUUGCCUCAACUGAACACCGAGUGGGCAGAGAAGAUUACCCAAGACAUGAAAGAUGAUCUCGCUGAGAAGCUGGGUGACAACGGAGUGCUUUUGAUGCCGAGUGCUCCCCACCCCGCUCCCUACCAUUACUCGUGCUUCUUCAGACCUUUUAACUUCGCGUAUUUUGGAGUCGUCAAUGCCCUCAAACAUCCAGCGACGCAGGUUCCCAUAGGCACCAACAGCCGUGGAAUCCCAUUAGGCCUUCAAGUUCUAUCCACUCCAUACAAUGACGUCGUCUGUCUUGAAGUUGCUAAAUAUCUCGAGAAGGAAUUCGGUGGCGCAAUUAUGCCUUGUGAUCUUAAAUAA